AUGCAUGUCCAGGGGCCACCAGAGCCCACUCCCCCUAGGGCUUGCUUGGAGGGAUCUGGCCUAGAUGAGAAUAAUACACAAGAAGAGACAGAGAAUGCCUUGGUACCGCACAGCAGUGAUGAAGCACUCUACUGUGAGGCUGAUGCGCCCUCAACUAUGGAGAAGGAGAAGGCAGCCUGGGAGAAUUCAGAAACGGAUCUGGAGACUGAGGAUGAUGAAAAGCUUUACACCACCGGACAAAGGGAGCUGUAUCUGGAGGCCUGCAAGCUGUUGGGCGUGGUGCCUGUCUCCUAUUUCCUUCGGAACAUGGAAGAACCCUACAUGAAUCUCAACCACCAUGGGCUGGGCCCCAAGGGCACCAAGGCUAUUGCCAUAGCCCUAGUGUCCAACACGAGCAUUAUCAAGCUGGAACUGGAAGAUAACUGCAUCAUGGGGGAGGGCAUCUUGAGCCUGGUGGAGAUGCUACAUGAAAAUUACUACCUGCAGGAGUUGAAUGUUUCCGACAAUGAUCUUGGCUUAGAGGGGGCCAAGAUCAUCUCAGACUUCCUCCAGAAAAACAUUUCCUCGCUCUGGAAACUUAAGCUUUCAGGAAACAACUUCAAAGAGGAGUCUGCAGCACUGUUGAGCCAAGCCCUGUCGUCCAAUUACCAAAUUAAGAAGAUGAAUCUCAGCCACAACCAGCUUUCUGACACAGGAGGGGAACAGCUGGGCCAGAUGCUGGCCAUCAAUGUGGGGCUGCAGACACUGAAUCUGAGCUGGAAUCACUUCCACAUCCGGGGAGCUGUGGCCCUGUGCAACGGUCUCCGGAUGAACGUGACCCUGAAGAAGCUGGAUCUCUCCAUGAAUGGCUUCGGGAACGAAGGGGCCACAGCCCUGAGUGAGGUGCUAAGGCUCAGCAGCUGCCUGGUCUACCUGGACAUCAGCGGCAAUGACAUUGGCAAUGAAGGGGCCUCCAAACUCAGCCGGGCCCUGGAGUACAAUGAAAGUCUCCGUGUGCUGAAGCUUUUCCUGAACCCUAUAAGCAUGGAUGGGGCUGUCCUGCUUAUCAUGUCCAUCAAGAAGAAUCCCAAGUCCAGGCUGGAAGAGCUUGACAUUUCUAACGUGCUGGUGACCGAGCAGUUCACAAAAAUGUUGGAAGGGGUGUACGCUGUGCACCCCCAGCUGGAUGUGUUGUACAAGGCAGUGCAAGGCCUGGCUGAGAAGAAAGCCCUCUUCCUGUGUAAAAACCCCAUGAAGCUGAUCCAGAACUACGCAGACACCAACAACAUCACCAUGCUAGAUUUCUUCAAGAGCCUCAAUCCCACUGGAGCCAUGCAGAUGACCGUGGGCGACUUCCGGAAAGCUCUGCUACAGCAAAACAAGGUGCCGUUGAAUCACUGCCAGAUCAGGGACCUGGUGAAGAGGCUGCAGCAGAAGGCGGGCAUGGUGAACUUCAGCGAUGAUCCAGCCCAGCCUUUGGGGCGGCAGAAGUUGCCGGACCACCGCACCACACCUCCGCACCCAGGUGUCCAUGCCAAGCACAUACUUGUCCCCCUAGGUUCCCUGUGA